GACCGAAAACAACAAUAAAAGAGUGCGAGCAACGACAAUUGAAAUCCACAGAAAGUGGAAAGGGUGGUAAUUCAAUUUUGAACGGGGAUGGUUUUCCAGGAUAUUUUUUUCACCCCUGCGCCGCGCAUGUCAACCUUGGAAGUGCUCUUAUAAAAGGCGAACAGGGAAGAGCUCACCCCCUCACUGAUAAUCGCCGUCUCAACCUGGUCCACAUCGCCUGCAGUUUUAGUUUCAGAUCACAGAAUGACAGAGUUUCCGUGGCAAUUCCCGAAGAACGUGGUUCUGCUGAUAUGUCUAUUGGUCGCAGCGAUUUGCGGCACCGCGCAAGCCAAGGCAGUCAACACCAACAACAACUCGCCGACUCUCAUCGACUACGACACAAUUCUGAAGUUGCAAAAACUUCUGAUCGAACCGAUGAGCGUUGAGGAAGAACCGAAGGACAGGGCGACCCUUCUGAACUCGGAGUUGCUCAUCAACCACGAGCUGGUGAGGAAGUCAGCGCCAAACCGCACGCCGUCGCUGCGUCUACGUUUCGGCCGACGUUCCGAGUCACCGAUGGGAGUGACCAUCAACGAGCAGCUCGAAAUGCCAGUGGGUCACUUCAACUGACCGGCAGCGAGACAGACCAAAUGAAACGCAGCCCUGUGACCUAGAGACGUUAGACCCCCGAAUAAAAAUUCCAUGUCACCACGCAAAACACUUUCAUUUCUUCCUUGACAAAAAAUUAAUAGAAAUAAAAAAUAAUUGUAUUGUUUCGCUUGAAUUGCUUGGGACAGUAAUUUUGAAUUUGAAAGAAAUGGAAAUAAAAACGACAA